GUAGAAGCGUUGAGUAAAAACUUCGUUAAUCGUUUAUUGAUUAGUUGAACGAACAUUGAUAAAGUACGACGUUGGUUAGUUGUUGCUAUUCCUGACCUUUACUGUGACCGCGAUAAGAAUAAUAUACGAUUAAAAGGACGAUGAGACUAAAUAUAAUGCGAUUGUAGAUGAUACAUUAAAGAUGAUCUGGUGGUUUUUCUUAUUUAUUUUGGGAUUUGUUUUUCUCCACCGAAAAUGGCGCUACAGAUACCUAAUGGCCAUACCAGGACCGCCAUCGUUGCCUUUAAUAGGAAACACGCUACCUAUGCUUGCCAGUCCAGAACGCGCAUGGUGCUUGCUACAAGAAUACAACAAAGUUUACUACCCCAUAUACAGAUUAUCUAAUGGUUUGCUUGAUUCGGUGCACAUCAGUGCACCUGAUGAUAUUGAGUUAAUUUUAUCGAGCAAAACGCAUUUAAGAAAGUCAAUAAUUUAUGACCUGUUGCAGUCAUGGCUCGGCAAAGGGUUGCUCACCAGUGACGGGGAUAGAUGGUAUCACAGGAGAAAGUUGUUAACACCAACAUUUCACUUUAAUAUAAUUCAGCAAUUUUUUACAGUAUUUGCCACUCAUAGCGAAGCACUUGUUCAACAACUUGAUAAGGAGUGCGACAAAUCAUGCACAAACAUAAUACCACUCAUUACGAAAUUUACCCUUUUUACUAUAUGCGAAACUGCAAUGGGAACAAAACUGGACGAAAAAAAAGAAGGCAACAGGGACUACGUCUCGGCCACUUUUGAGAUGGGACAACUGUUCAUUAACCGUAUAAGACGACCAUGGCUAGCAUACAAUGUCAUUUUCAAUAUGACUGAAAAAAAGAAGGAGCAAACCUCUUUAUUAAACAUCUUGCACAGUUUUUCUAAAUCGGUAAUAGAGGAUCGAAAGCAGCAUUUUAAAGAAGUUGUUCAGAAUGAAGAUGAACAUGAUGAUCAAUUUCAUCAAAAAAAGCGAGUCGCUAUGUUAGAUCUGCUGUUAUCCGUACGUAACAGUGGUGCUCAAAUUUCAGAUGAAGAGAUUAGGGAGGAAGUGGACACAUUCAUAUUCGAGGGGCAUGAUACUACUUCGGCUGCAAUUUCAUAUGCAUUGAUGUUGAUAGCGAAUCACUCAAAUGUUCAAGAAAAAAUUGUAGAAGAAAUCAAUCAUAUCGUGGAUGGUUCAAGUCGCCCAUUGAAUUUCGCAGACAUUCAACAGCUUUCUUAUUUGGAACGAGUUGUAAAAGAAUCAUUACGAAUGUAUCCCAGCGUACCUGUGAUUGGUAGGAGGGUGGAUUUUGACGUAGUUACCUCUACCUCGCACGUAAUUCCAAAAGAUACCAUUGUAUCCGUCCAUAUAUUCGGUUUACACCAUAACCCUAAAUUCUAUCCGGAUCCAGAAAAAUUUGAUCCGGACAGAUUUCUUCCUCAAAAUAUGAAAGGACGUCACCCAUUUUCGUAUAUACCAUUCAGCGCGGGACCGCGAAACUGUAUCGGUCAAAGGUUUGCGAUGGUAGAAAUGAAAACAGCGAUAGCGUCAGUUGUACGAAAUUUUCGUUUGUUGCCAAUUGACAAGCCAUCCGAUUUACAGUUCAUGGCUCAUCUUAUAUUGAAAGCAAAUAAGGGGGUACAUAUAAAGUUUGAAAAGCGUCAGUGAUCGAAAUACAAGCAAACAUUAAUAAUUUUAGGUACCUAUAGCACUUAGGUACCAAUGUAAUUUUAUUAAUUCCGUUUUUUAAGAAUAAAACAAUUUCUAGGUACUUA